AUGUGGGCGCUUCCUCCCCCAACCGUGUACGCGGUCAACCACAGUGCACGGGUCAUUGGAGGACCGAAAAAGUCCAAAUCCAAAUCUAAAUCUACGGCCAAAUCCUCGAAACCCACUACUAACCCCCUAUCGCCUUCCCAAUCCGCGCCAGCAAAGAGCCAGCUGCGCACCAACAUCACCGACCUAUUCGAACCAGCAGUCGAUGGCCCGCCUUCGCCUGAGAGCAUACGGGCGCUGAACAAACAGAUGAGGAGGUCGUCGGUCCUGGACAAGCACCAGAGUCACCAGACCACCUCGUCUGGCUCCUCCUCCCUGCGGUCGCUUGCAUCCGGGGACCGUCCUUCGUGGGAGAACGCAUUGGAGGGCAUCAGCCUGUCGAGGAAGUCUUCGGGAAGGUCGACGGCUAGCAGCAUGCCCUCGCGGGACCGGCCCGAGAGUGUGCAGAUCUUCGGUAAGACGCUUUUCAACCGGCGUGGCAAGCUGCGCCGAGAGAGCAGCGCCCAGAGCUCGUCCGGGAGCUCGCUGUACUCGGCCGAAGUUGCCAAUGAAGCUGCGCUGCCACCGACGUCCGCUCCGUCCAGGGAGCCCCCCACCCCGGGCUUGUUCGGUCGGCGGAGGGCGACGAGGUCCGAGUCCACAGACGACUCGGCUGCCCAGAGGAAACUACAGAUAUCAGGCCCGUACAAUUUUCAGCAUGUGACACACACCCAACGCAAUCACUUGCCAGACCUGCGGCGUACGAAUCGGCACACGAAAUCUCAAGAACAGAUACGCGUACCCCCGCCACGACCACCGAGGUCUCCGGUCGAGACUGAAUAUCCACCCGCACCGCCAGUGCCUCCACCGCGGAUUUCAAGUCGAAUGUCCACCCGCAACGACGGCUUUGAUCCUCAUGCCAGCCCCGACUUUGAACGACCUCAGACGAGUGGAGGUUUCCGCCACCCUCGGCCCUUCGGCUUCUCCUCCCCAGAUACGACUAGCCCCCCAGCUACCUCGCAUGGCUAUUUCCCCAGGUCAAACCUGGAUUCUCUCCAGGAAGACUAUUCUCCACGCGUUGCAACUCCACCAGAUGAUUCGAAUUGGCCCUUGCCCAACCCUUCAAGCUUCUCCUACGAAGCGCCACUUCCCGGCGUUCCCGAGGAGGAGGAGAACACCAUCAUCGCUCGGCGAUCACGGGCCAGUCUUGCCAGCAACGCCUCAUCGCUGAGAGGGAGCCAAUCCGUUCCUCUACUGCGCCAGCUCUCUCUUUCGCAGAGCCCGGAGACCAAGCGACCGUCGAGUGGAGCUUCCGAGACUCUCGGGCGCUUCGACUUGUUUGCAGCGCAGAGGGCAUUGAAGGCUGCGUUAUUGGAAGGAAACGGGUCGGAACCAAUGUCGCGUGAAAGCUGGGAGGAGGAUAUCGAUUACUGCUAUGACCACGAAGCCGAGGCGGAUUGCGAUUACGCCUGGGAACGACCGUCUCUCGACACGACCAGGGAGGACGAGAGUGUCACUCCUGUGGAAGGCGAUGCCUACAACGGCUGCCAUUGCGGAGCCUCGCCCUCGAUGCUGACACCGGGCCGAUUCGAUGUGCCCGCUCUCAGCCCUGCAAGCCAGGUAUCAAUGACGACUGCUCAGGAGGCCCUAACCCCAACAGUGCAAGCCACGCCGAAGGCAUCGAACUUCUCGCUCCCCAGAACUGAUAUUUCGCACACGCACACGCAACGCUAUCUUCAUGUGCGGGAGCCGUCGGAUGCCUCCAGCUUCAAAGAGUCUCAUGGCUUCAACCUGUCGCCUUCGCUCCUCAUCCCCAACGAUUAUCAACAGCAGAUGCUGGCUAGCGAGUCGGACGAGCCGCAAGACCAUCACGAGGCCUUGUUCCGCAUACCAUCUGAAGAACCUACUCUGACCAUGGACACGUCCACGUUACUCCUUCACUCCCGCAUCAGCGCCUCGACGACCAUGAGUAACGAUACCGACCCUUUAGGCUCGGACAGGCACGUUUCUACGACGUCUGCCUCGACGGACUUUACCAGGCUCACCAUGAGUACUUCUUCGCUAGACAUGGACACGUAUAUUCCAAAGAUCGAGACUGUGGAGCCGCCUCCCUUUGAAGAAUCAGAUUAUUUCCACGUGAGGGCGAAGAGCCAAGGCACGAUGCCCAUCCUCCCCGAGAUGGACGAUGCUCCCGAGCAACCCAUGAUCCGGCGCGAUCUGACCCAUGGCAGCGACCCCAACCUCGUCAGGUUGGCGACAGAAGGCGACUCCAGGCCAGGCGCAAAGCGCAAGGAUCAACUGCUCACCCGGCGGCGCGCAAGGACAACCAGUCUGAGCACGCCACCACCCCCGGGACAGUAUGCCCUGUUCCCGUCUGUACAUAUCACCGGCCCGCGCAUCUGA